ACAUAAAAUGAUAUAAUUAAUCGACCCGAUAGUGGAUGAAUGAUACCACUUUCUUUCUUCUCGAUUUUAGCAAUAAAAUACAUCACCAUAUCCUUUUCUCUCUGCCGAUGCAGAAACCCUUACUCCCAAAAUGCCUCUCUCCGAUUCGAAUCCCUCCGUUGCCUCUCCGCCACCGUCUUCCGACGCAUUCGACGGCGACGCCGCCGAACGCCGCCUACGGGAGGCGGAGGAACGUCUGAGAGAGGCAAUCGAGGAGUUACAACGCCGUCAACGCCGCGCUAAGAUGCUCCAUCCGCCGUGCGAUCACGCCGACGAGUCAUGUAUUGCCAACGCCAUCGGUAAUCUCUGUCAAAGUUUUCUCUUAUCCUACGGUGUUCGUGUCGGCAUUGGAAUAUUGCUCCGUGCGUUUAAGCUCGCUCGUCGGAAAUCCUAUUCGUCUCUUAUAGAUCUUAAGCAACUUGUAUCGGAGAAGGACUUGAUAGUGAGAGAGGAGGCAUGUCGGGUCGGGUUACUUUUUGGAGGGUUUACAGGAUCGUACCAUGCUCUUAGAUGUUUUCUGAGGAAGUGGAGAAAGAAAGAAACACCAUUCAAUGUAAUUUUAGCAGGUUCAGUUGCAAGUUUGUCUAUUCUAGCAUUAGAUGAUUCCAACAGAAGGCGUACGCUUGCUUUAUAUCUCCUGGCUAGGCUUGCUCAGUGUGCUUACAAUUCUGCAAAAUCAAAGAACAAGUUCCACCUAUGGGGAAGCUCAUGGAGACAUGGGGAUUCGUUACUCUUUGCUUUAUCAUGUGCUCAGGUCAUGUAUGCUUUUGUGAUGCGACCUGAGAGCUUACCAAAAUCAUAUCAAGAUUUUAUUCAAAAAACAGGGCCCGUUGCUAAGCCUGUAUACAAAGCUGUCAGGGAAUGCUGCAGAGGCUCUCCAGUAGAUGUUGCAUCACUACAUUCUUACUUAUCAACAGUGAAGGGUGCCGAUUUUGCUGCUUUGCAAGAAUUUCCUUCUAUCAUACCCUGUUCAAUAAUUCAUCCGGGCACCAAAUCAUGUUUAGCUCAAAAUGCUUAUGCUACAUCGAACACGUUUAAGAAAACGUUUCCGCUGUACUUCUCUCUGACUUUUGUACCCUUCGUUGUUCUCCGUUUACAGAAGUUUAUGGAAGCUCCAUUUAGAACCAGCUGGCAUGCAGUCACGGGAGCUGUUCGGUCAACAGCUUUUUUGUCUUGUUUUGUAGGAAUCUUUCAGGGAGCCAUAUGCAUGCACAGAAAAGUGGCAUCACAAGACCACAAGCUUGUAUAUUGGUUUGCAGGUGGAUUAGCUGCAUUAUCUGUACUUUUGGAGAAAAAAGGUAGAAGAGGAGAACUUGGAUUGUAUGUUCUUCCACGCGCUAGCGAAUCUCUGUGGUAUAUAUUAGUCAACCGUCGUAUACUUCCAAAUAUCAAGAAUGCUGAGGUGGCUCUGUUCUGUGCAUGCAUGGGUGGAAUGAUGUACUACUUGGAACACGAACCCGACACCAUGUCUCCAUUUCUAAGAGGCUUAAUCCGCCGGUUUCUUGCCAGCAGAAUUAGCAAUCCGGGCCCACCAUCAACUCGAAAUUCCUCUUACAACUACUUACAAACCCUAGACGCUAUUAAAAAGCCGAGUUCACAGAACCAAGAACCCGAGUCGCAGUCUUCAGAAAAAUACAAUCUUGAAUCUAUACCUGGACUCUGAUCGAAUUUUCAAAUUGAUCAGGAAAGUCGUUAACACACCCAAAUUGUUUCGAUUUAUGAUGGAUUAACGGUAUUAUGAGAUGAUUGUUGCAUGUUAUUACCGUAUUGAAUAGUCAUAUCUGGGUCUUUGAUGCCAACUGAGGCAUUGACCCAUCUUUAUUUGGACUUUUGUAGGUCUUUGUUGUAUAACGGAGUUAAGUGUGUUCAUUUUUGUAAAUAUUAAAUAUAUGUUCCAACAUUGUUAUGGUUACUACUAGUUUCUGAAUUUAUGAGUUCUGAACGCGGGUUUUUGUC